AUGAUUCCACAUAAAAUAUCCUUCUUGAGAAGUCCUUUGAUACCGAAACUGACUCCUGAGCAAUGCCCCAGCGUGGUUUCCCUAUUGGCCGAAAGCUACAACCCUCACGUCCGUUAUGGUGCAGCCAUGGCCCUAGGUAUCGCAUGCGCUGGCACAGGUCUUCGUGAAGCUAUCGCCCUCUUGGAGCCCAUGGUCAUGUUCGACCCAGUCAACUUCGUCCGUCAAGGCGCGCUCAUAGCGUCCGCCAUGAUUCUGAUCCAACAGACCGAUCAGACCUGCUCCAAAGUCAGUUUCUUCAGGCAGACCUACGCACAAGUCAUCGCCAAUAAGCAUGAGGAUGUUAUGGCCAAGUUUGGAGCCAUUCUGGCACAAGGAAUUAUCGAUGCUGGUGGUAGGAAUGUCACUUUAUCCCUACAGUCUAGAACUGGACAUACUAAUAUGUUAGCAGUAGUAGGAACUCUAGUAUUCACUCAGUAUUGGUACUGGUUCCCACUGUCUCACUGUUUGGCAUUAGCCUUCACUCCUACAUGUGUUAUCGCACUCAAUGCUCAACUCAAGAUGCCCAAACUAGAAUGCAAAUCUAAUGCCAAACCUAGCUUGUAUGCUUAUCCUGCUCCAAUGGAAGAAAAGAAACGCGAAGAGCGAGAGAAGGUCACUACAGCUGUACUGAGUAUCGCUGCGAGACAACGUAGGAGAGAUCAUGAGAAGAAACAUCGCGAUGAGAAGAUGGAAGUAGAAGAAGAGAAAGAGGACAAGAAGACUACAGAAAAAGAGGAGAAGAAGACCGAUGACAAGAAGGCCGAUGAUAAGAAAUCUGAAGAAAAGAAACCAGGCACAUCAACCGCUGAUGAGAAAAAGAAGGAUGAAAAAGAAGAAAAGAAAAAAGAGCCUGAACCUAACUUUGAGAUACUUCAGAAUCCUGCAAGAGUUAUGAGGCAACAGCUCAAAGUUAUUUCUAUCAAUGACAGCAGCCAGUAUGUACCAAUGAAGGAUGUUUCAAUCGGCGGUAUUAUCAUGGUUAGAAAUUUGAAACCUGGAGAGGAGGAGCUAGUAGAACCAGUAGCUGCUUUCGGUCCAAAGGGCGAAGAUGAAAAGGAGCCUGAACCACCAGAGCCAUUUGAAUGGUCCGAGGUUUAA